CCCCCCCUAUAUUCCCUCUUCUCUCUCUCCCCUUUCCUUCUCCCUCCUCCCUUCUCCACUGUUUCUCUCCCCCUUUCCUUAUUCACUCCAACAGAAUGGAAAGUCGAGCUGUCAGGUUCUGUCAGUCUGGAGCCUCCUUCAUACAGUCACACUUUGCUCUACCGACAUAACUGCACGGACCUGGUGGCUAAGUACUAAACUGAGGCUGUGCACGUAACCCGCCCCGUCCUCAGGUUUAUUGCUGGUCGUAGGCUGCAAGAAUUGCCGAAGCCCUUUUACCUUUUUUGUUGGAACGCUUGGACUGGUGACCACCUGCAGACCAUUCACACUUACCACCCAUUCUCCUGCUCUUCUGACAUAUUCACCUUGCUUGUAUGCAACUUGCCAACCAACCAACCGGAAAAAAAAAGUAGUGACUUCUCUCUAGGUGGUAUACACAGCCGGAUACACCUACCUGUCAAUCUGACAGCUCGCAUGUUGCCUCCAACGAUCACGCCGACUUCCCGUAAUGCACGUUUCGAAAUGGUACAAAGUCACAUCAGCUGAUUGGGGAUAUCUGCCUCCUGCUCCCUUUAUCGAAUCCUUUCUCGCAAGAACAUAUCUGAGGUUAGUGGCAACAUGCUGGUGUCCGCGCUGCCGUCUCUACUCCUCCUGCUUCUCAGUUUUUCCGUGAGGACAUGGACCUCCAGACCGGCACGUGUCUACCUGUCAUACAAAGAGCUCAUGGAGUCUCGCACGGCUCGCUUCUUCAGCUUCGGAUUUAACACCAGUGACUACAGGAUCCUCCUCCUGGACCAGGAUCAGGACCGGAUGUAUGUGGGGAGCCGCGACUACCUGGUGUCCAUGGACCUCGGAAACAUCAACCGUGAGCCCCUAAUUAUUCAUUGGCCAGCUGCCCCAAGUCGGCAAAAGGAAUGUCUCAUGGCCGGGAGGGGACGUGCGGACGAGUGCUCCAAUUACCUGCGUGUCAUUCAGCCACUGAACCGGACGCAUCUCUACACCUGUGGGACGGGUGCAUAUCAGCCUCAGUGCACCCUUAUCUACCGGGGCUGGAGGUCCGAGGACUAUGUAUUCCGAAUUAUUUCUGGUUCUCAUGAAUCCGGGAAAGGGAGAUGCCCCUACGAUCCCAAGCAAGAAAACAUGGCCACCAUUAUAGAUGGGGUGCUGUAUGCUGGGGUGCAGGUGGACUACAUGGGGACAGACUCUGCAGUUUUCCGCACGAUGGGUCACAAACUUCCAAUCCGAACCGAGCAGUACGACUCUCGCUGGCUGAAUGAUCCGGUAUUUGUGGGAUCACUGGUGGUGUCCGAGAGCAGCUUCAAAGAGGAUGACAAACUCUAUAUCUUAUUCCGAGAACGGAGUCUGGAGGGGGAGAGCGGCCCCGCGGUGGUAUCACGUAUUGCACGGAUUUGCUUGAAUGACGAAGGCGGGAUGCGCUCGCUGGUCGGAAAAUGGACGUCCUUCCUCAAGGCAAGACUCGUCUGCUCUGUUAUUGGUCCAGAUGGAGUGGAAACAUCAUUCGAUCAGCUACGUGAUAUUUUCAUCCAGCAGACUCCGGACAAGCAGAACCCCCUGAUUUAUGGGGUAUUCAGCACAUUAGGUUCCGUGUUCCGGGGCUCUGCCGUCUGUGUGUUCUCUCUUGCUGACGUCCGUGCAGUGUUUAAUGGGCCAUUCGCGCACAAGGAGGGACAUGGGUACCAGAUGACUGCGUAUACAGGGAAAACUCCCUACCCCCGGCCUGGAGUGUGUGCAGGUGGAUUCUCUGUUACCGGCGUCCACUCCAGUAAGCUUUUUGGGGAGGAUGUGCUGAGAUUUGUACGCACACACCCCCUCAUGUAUACCUCAGUGUACCCCGUCAACCGGAGGCCCCUUCUGCUGCUCUCGGAUGCCUCCUACACAUACACCAGUAUUGCUGUGGACACGGUGCCCGCUGCUGAUGGGGAAUACACUGUCCUGUUUUUAGGCACUGAUCGUGGUACAGUGCAGAAGGUGAUGAUUCUGCCUAAAGGGCCCGAGGAGACCGAAGGGAUCACACUAGAAGAAGUGGAAGUGUUCAAAGUGACAUCUCCCAUUAAAAAUAUCAAAAUUUCUUCUAAGAGGCAUCAGUUGUACGUCUCUUCAGACGCGGGGGUGACGCAGCUUUCUCUCCAUCGCUGUGCAGUCUAUGGGAAGACUUGUGCAGACUGCUGCCUCUCUAGGGACCCUUACUGUGCCUGGGACGGGAACGCAAAUGCCUGUGCACGUUACACCCCAUCACCCGUAAGACGGAAUCGGCGACAGGAUGUAAAACAUGGUGACCCUAUGAGACAGUGCAGAGGCUAUAACAUGCAAGUGGAUCGAGGGGUCUCUGAGAAAUUGCAGAUAGGGGUUGAAGGAGGAACCGUAUUUCUUCAGUGUGACACAAACUCUCCGCUUGAAAGUAUCACAUGGUUACUGCAGAGAGACGGGGUCCAGCAUAGAAAAGAGGUACAUCUUCACCCUUUGGAAGGAGGCGCCAUACUACGCUCCGUCCAGAGAAACGACGCAGGCCUCUACACUUGCCUGGGUACAGAAAACGGUUUCCGGCGUGCACGUGGCAAAAUAAGACUAAGCGUUUUACCCCGUGAAAUGCUGGAAAAACUAACAGCCGGCCCUACGAUGCUCCCACUACCAGCACAAUGCCCACCCAGCCGCAGCAGGCAGAAAUCAAGAGCACAAGCGAGAAGGAACUGAAGCGGUUAAAAGUACGCAGAGCGAGCUGGCCGACUGCAGCCCCAGAACCCACUUUAACACAAAAGGCUCCAAGAACCGGGAGAGUGUGGGGGGUAGCACCUUCCCUGCUGACGAGGGAAUGGACGAGUAUUGGUUUGUGUAGGGGGGAAAGGUGUUAGUCGUAGUAAGACAUUCCAGAGCGAUACUUUGUAUAGAGACGUGUGAGUGCGGAUGUAGUGAGAGCGUGACGUAUUUAUCACAAACACUGGAUGCCAGAAUUCUUCUUUUAACCUGUGGGCAGCUGCCACGUUGUGUCCCAUCCUCAGCCUAAGUCACUAGGUUUUCUUUCCCCCUCAUGUAUCUAAUUUCCUGCACAAGAGACUCUUAAGUUGCACGGCGAGCAGCACAUUGAACUGGACAGAGGCCAGGCCCCAGCGCCGGCCCCUCUGUAAGUAGCAAGAUCAGAGUCACAAGCUGAAGCAAGAAAUUAAAUCGAUUUUGUAUCUGUUCCUUAUUGUAUUUUCAGUGAAGGUUCCUACGAGAUCCCCAUUUGUGUUUCUGCUCACGUUUUUAUAUAUUUAUAUAUUUUGUGCUAAUAUCUUUGCUGUACAGUUUUGAUUUUAAAGCAAAAAAAUGUGUCACUGGACUUUAGCAAAACUUUAGAUAUGUCAUCGGUGGGGUCCAAGGGCUGAGAUCCCCAGCAAUCACUAUAGCGAGGAGAAAGGAGCAGGCUUCAUAGGAAGUGUAUGAGCCCCAAAUCCUGCAGUGAGGAGAGACCGUGCCGUGUGCAAGCGCUUCUUUCUCCCUGUUCUACCGAUCGGUGGGGGGUCUCAGCACCUUGGACAUCCACCAAAAUCAUUGAUAGGUCUAUAACAUACCAAAUGUUUUGCUAAAGUCCAGGUACCCCUUCAGUCUCGGAGCGAUUAGGAAUAUGUGACCCGAGACAGUUCAUUAGAAGCAGAUCUGUUACAUAGAAACCCCCAUUAUUCUAAAUAUCUGGAGGAAGAGCAGCCCUGAGGUCUGUGGUUACCAUACCCCCCACCUCUUCACAAGAAGCACGAAAAAUUAGCCAAGGCCGGUGUUAACAUCUGGGUUUGGUUUACCAUCAGUAACGUUUUUUUUCUUUUCAAUAUAAAAAUAUUGCUGCAC